AUGCCUCUUGCUAGACGUGUGCGUAAAAGGGCGGAUUCGACUUCAUCAAUACAGUCGUUCGUUGAUUCUGCUUCUGUGCAGAAAAUGAAUUCUUCAUUGGAGGAACGAUUACUUCAUAAGAUGGAUUCGUUUCUGGCCGAUAUGGAAUCCAAGUUGGAUCACUUGGAAGAGUAUCUUAUGGAACCUUCGGCUUCUAGCAGUUCUAAGGACAAGUUGUUGCCUUCUCCACAGCUUCUUGCUACAUGGAAGAAGGUUAAAUUAGGCAUGGCUAAGAACCAUGAAAAGAGUCUUCAUCCAUUGGUUGAGUUGUUGGAGGAGAAUGAGGAUCCGGUGGACCCGGUGGACCCGGUGGAUGAAGAGUCGGUGGAUUCGGUGGAGGACCCGGUGGAGGACCUCUCUCUUCAGAGACAAACGUCGCAUAGUUCAAUCUUUUCCAACAUAUCGGUCACAUCAGAGAUCAACUACACCAAGAUUAUGGAUCGACUUCGUAGUUUGGAUGCAAAGCUUGAUGAUUUCGAGGGAAAAUACAACGUUCUUCUCAAGAACCCUCAAGAGACUCUUAAGCAGCUCAAAUCUUCUCUCUACAACUACGAAAAGGCUCUGGCGGCCGGAUCUUAUCGUCUGUUACACUUCUAUGAGCUACCAUUCCAAUGGAGAGAGAAUAAGUUCAUAAUAUUUGGCUAUAGAUUCUCAGAGUCUCAUGCUUCUGCUGUUAAAAGUAUUCUUCACUGGCACAACGAGACUUGCAACAUCUGGUCGCAUCUUUUGGGUGCUGCUUUGAUUAUCUACCUUGCUUUGUUUCAUUAUCCCUCAACUCGAGUCUACAAACUUACCACCAUGAGUGACCAUAUCGUUACCUUCAUGUUCUUCGUUGCUGCUAUCAAAUGUAUGCUCUUCUCCGUGAUUUGGCACACUUAUGCCAGUAUUUCCACUCUCCAUUUGCGCCAGAGAUUUGCCUGCUUUGACUAUACUGGUAUUACUGUUCUCAUUAUUGCCUCUGUUAUCACCACUGAACAUAUUGGACUCAAAGAUUACACCUUUCUUCGUCUUGGUUAUGUCAUAUUCUCGUUUCUUACCGGUUCCGCUGGAGUUGUCUUUACCUGGUCUCCUAAAUUUGAUAAACCCGAAUCAAGAAUCAUUAGAAUCGCAUUUUUUGUCAGUCUAGCUGCUCUUGGCGUUACUUCUUUCUUUACCUCCUCUUUCAAACGAAGCUUCGCGUAUUCUUUCGACUUAUACUCUCCCCUCUUUUUCAGCUUCAUGUGGUAUAUCAUUGGAGUGGUGUUCUAUGGUUGCCUCAUUCCAGAACGCUGGAGAUCUGAUGUGGUUAUUGAUGAAUUCAAUAUCUCCGAUGAAACUGUUAUGAAACUCGAUAGAGAGGGUAAACUCCAGGAAUAUUUGGAUAAGAUCCCUCAAAAGACAAAGCAAUAUGGAAAGUUCUUAUCGCUGUGGUGGGUUGACUAUGUACUCAAUUCGCACAACAUUUGGCAUGUCUUUGUUCUCCUGGGUAUCUUGGGUCAUUACUAUGCUACCCUCAAGAUGUUUGAAAAGAUCCUUUAA